AUGGAUAUCAAGAAUUAUUUCAUCUUUUCACUCUUUUUCAUUUGUUGUUCAGCUGAUAAUUUCAAUAUUACUGAAUUACUUGGACAAUAUCCAGAAUUAAGUGUAUUCAAUAAUUAUCUUACUCAAACUCAAUUGGCUGAUGACAUCAAUUCCCGGCAGAUUGUCACCGUACUAGCCGUUGAUAACGACGGAAUUAGUUCUAUUUCUGGAAAGUCCGAUGAAAUCUUACGUAAGAUUAUGGCUGUUCAUGUUCUUUUAGAAUAUUAUGAUAUUAUUAAGCUUAGAAUGAUGCCCGGAUGUAAUAUUCAGACGACGACCCUGUUUCAGAAUUCGGGUCAAGCUAUUGGAAAACAGGGUUUUAUGAAUUUAACUGUUACUUUGGGUGGUGCUCUGUUUUUCGGGUCAAGUGCUGGUGGAUCCGGGUCGACUGAUUUUGUUAAAGCUAUUAUGUCUCGGCCUUAUAAUAUUUCGGUUAUGCAAAUUCGUGAUGUUAUAAUUCCUGAUGAUAUUGAUAUUGAUACUAUGUUGUCUCCACCGCCUCCGUAUUCAAUGGCGCCGGCGCCGGAGCCGACGAUUGAAGCUCCGUCACCCGGAGUUUGGUCUUCGGGUCCUGCUCCGGUUGAAGGGUCUUCGGGUCCUGCUCCGGUUGAAGGGUCUUCGGGUCCUGCUCCGGUUGAAGGGUCUUCGGGUCCUGCUCCGGUUGAAGGGUCUUCGGGUCCUGCUCCGGUUGAAUCCGAUGAUGCUCCAGGUCUAGCCCCAGAAGGUUUUUUCGAUGCCCCAGGUCCUGAUGGAUCCGAUGAUGCCCCGAACCCGAUUGGAUCGGGCCAUGCCCCGGUCGAAGCCCCGACCCCGUUUGCAUGGUCUCCUGAAGGUGAAGAUGAGCAAGUACCUGCAAAGAUUUCAAAGGACCCACCGAGUCUUGUGAUUGCUUCAGGGCCUGGACCCGGGUCUACAAUAGAUGGAUCGGGUAGUGAAGCGGUAUCGGUUCGGUUUGGAAUUGUGGUUAUGAUGGUGGCAUUAUGCACAUGGCUAACAAUGUAA